AUGGAGUAUGUGCUUACUGGUGGCCCUUGGCAAAUUGCUGGUCAGUACCUUGUGACACAACAAUGGAAGCCUGGGUUUAAUCCGAAGGAGGACCGUGUUACACACAUGACGGUUUUGGUUAGAAUCAAUGGUCUCAAUGUUGAGUAUUUCCCAUUUGAUGUUAUGGGGAAAAUUGGCAAUUUGAUUGGUCAUACUAUCAAGGUCGAUCCUCUCACUAUGAGCCAAGCUAGAGCCAAGGCUCAGGCUGCUGAAACUGGAAAUGCUAAGGAUAUGGAGGCUAACACUCUUGCUAAGGAGGAUGAUCUGGAUGCUUUCAGUCCCGAGAAGCAGAAGAAUUUUAAGAAGAAGUUUCAGAAAGAGCAGGGACCUUUUAGUGUUAAUUCUACUAAGGCUUCCCCUCAAAUUGAAGGAGGUUUUCAGAAUGCAUAUUCUAGUUCAAGGUUUGUUGUUUUGGACAAUGAUGUUAAUCAAGAGGCUGAAAUUGCAGAUGAGCCGAUUGUGAAUUCUUUUAAGUACGAGGUUAGUAAGCCUAUGAAGCAAGUGGUUACCCCUGCUAGUGGUUUUGCUAAGUCUAUUGGGAGUAACUGA